GAUCCUGAAAGCUAGCCUUUGUCAGUGGGAAAGUACGGCUGCUGCGAUUUGUGUUUAAAGAGCUUUUGUGCCUGUGUAAGUCAAAGCUUGCUGUGUUUCCUGUAGCCGAGAGAAGUUGAUUUCACUGAUCUCAAUGGAUCGCAUACUGGAUUACAGGUUAGAAGAGAGUGAAGAUUUCUACACCUUACUGGGAUGUGAUGAACUCUCUUCGGUGGAACAAAUCAUGGCAGAAUUUAAGGCCAGAGCCCUGGAAUGUCAUCCUGAUAAGCAUCCAGAAAAUUCCAAAGCUGUGGAGACAUUUCAGAAGCUGCAGAAGGCAAAGGAGAUUCUGACCAAUGAGGAAAGUCGCGCCCGCUAUGACCACUGGCGAAGGAGCCAGGUAGCCAUGCCAUUCCAGCAGUGGGAAGCUUUGGCAGACUCAGUGAAAAUGUCAAUGCAUUGGGCUGUCAGAGGUAAGAAAGACCUGAUGCUGCUGGGAGGAUCCGACCAGACUCAGACCAACAAGAGUGAAAAUGAGGACUGGAAUGAGGAAAGAGAAAUAAAGAGAGAGUAUCUGGGUUCAUCUGCAGAGAAAAUGAAGCAGCAAGAAUCCAAGUCAAUCUCCCCACCAAAUCUAGAUUCUCCAAAUUCAGAUGUGAGCUGUUGGCACUUUCGUUUCCGCUGGACUGGGGAUGCUCCCUCAGACCUCCUGAGGAAGUUCAGAAACUAUGAAAUAUGAGAUAUCCCCACUCCCCAAGUCUGUCUCCUGUGUGGCUAAAAAUGAAGUCUUUGUACAUAUCUUUAAAAAUGUCAUGUUUGAGUUGGACUUGAUGGUAUAUGCAUUUGGGAGGCUGAGGCAGAAGGGUUGUAAGUUUGAUGCUUGUGUAAGCAUCUCUCUCUUGUGUAAGUAUCUCUCCACAGCCCGUCCCCCACACCCUGCAAAAUAGACCUCGUGUUUGUGAGUCGCUGAGUAUGGUUGUUUCCUCCAUCUUUGAACUCAUUGUCUGGAUGAAUUUUUUGUUUGUU